UACAAUUCUCGACGGACACGUCAUUGUCAUGAAUCAGCUGGACAUUGUAAAUAUUUACAACUAUUUAAUUGUUCCCUGGUAAAUGAUUCUGCAUUUGCGGAAUGAAUUGGGGCUGCAAGAUUUCAUACACUAGAUCCAUUGUUAGAUGGUAUUCCUCUAUGAGAAAGCAAAUAGAUUUAACAUGUUUCCCUACACUAGAUGAAUGCGAUUUGGAGGAACAACAUAUUAGGGGUUCGGGACCGGGAGGUUCGAAAAUAAGCACCACUUGUAGUUGCGUGCUUCUCAAGCAUAUUCCUACUGGGUUAGUCGUAAAGUGUCAAGAGACUAGAUUUCUAGAGCAAAAUCGGAAGCGAGCCAGAUUGAAUUUGCUCACCAAACUAGAUAUACAUUUAAAUGGCGAGAACAGUGUACAAUCUCAAACGGCAAGGCUUCAGGCAAACAGGAAAGCUAGCAUGGAUCAGAAGAAAGAAAAAAAUUAGAGAACUUAAAAGGAUGUGGAAAGAAAGGGAAAAUAUUGACUAAUAUUCGUUCGGGUAGGCAAAUAGAAAAUCUUUAGAAUUUACAAAUGCUUCGUAAAAGAUAACCGAUUUUUUGGGUGUCAACAGCAUACAGCUGAAUUUUUCUUUUGUAUUUUUCGAUCACGAAAUAUCCCAGUGUAUUGCACUGAUGUAUGAUAGGAAUAAAGUGUAUAUGUGUAAAUAGUUUCAUGAAUGUAAAUGACAAUAAUAAACAGUUUAUAAUGGA